GCACUGUCAUCGACUACAUGCACGAUAUUCUGUUAGGAGUCAUAAAAACGCUGUUGCACCGUUGGAUUGAUAACGAGCACAAAGGAGAAUGAUUUUAUAUUGGAAAUAAGAGAGAGCUGAUAGACCAAUGCCUUUGUAACAUUAAGCCGACUAUGUGAAGAGAGUGCCUCGAGGUCUACAGUGGUUAGGACGCUGGAAAGCGUCAGAGUUCAGAUCUUGGCUUUUGUUUACGGUAUUCCCUGUCUCUGGGGAAUUUUGCCCAGUUGCUACUUGAAUCACUUUGCCUUGUUGACGAGGGAAUUUUUAUCUUAGUGCAAAAUUAUCUGAAGACGCUAUUAAGAGAGCAGAAACUGUCUUACAGGCCUUUUGUGAGAAAUUGGGGGCCUCUUUGGACUCAUUCUUGCUUCUCGUUUGAAGACAUGAAUGGAUGUAUCAAAAAGUUGGCCCAUGGCACGGGCAAUGUCAUCUGCCAGAUUGCACGGAUGUUGUCCUAUGCAAAAGCAAGUGAAAUGAGUUUCAGUCCAAAAACAUCUACCUCCGGCAAAUCUGCCACCAGAAGUUUACCAUUCUCUUCAGAGUACUCAACGUUUAGAACGCUCGGACCUGUUAAUGAAAUUGACAAAGAAGACACAGUGCUAGCUUUAGCUAGAGAGUUAGGCGUUUCAUGGGAAAAUCUACGUGAGUGUUCUAGGAUUCAACGCCGGAAUACCGCCUUCUUUGCUAGAACUUACCAAGCUUUUCAGCGAAGUGAUCCGACCGUUGUUUCUCUUGAAACAAAUAUGUGCGCCAUAGUGCAGAGGUGGUUUGUUGAUGUCAGCAAGAACAAGCUGUACGCAGUUGUGGAGAUGCUAACAAUUGUGAAGAGAGAGCUUCCCCAAGAAGACAGAUAUCCGAUGCUGUUAGCUGUCUGCAAAAAUAGCGAAGCCAGUCAGAGAAUUGUCAGUUCAGAAGACGUUCACGACAAAAUCGGAUCGAGUCACGGGAGCGAUGGCCAAAUUACACGAAACGACAGGGAGUCACACGGAAUCACAAAUAAUUAUAACGAGUUUGUUAAUAUGACUUGGAUGCAUGUUACAAUAAUAAUGGGAAUCACGCAGACUACUCUACAUGUACGAGAGAUUACGCUGAUGAUAUUGUUUGUUUGUGUUUUAUAAUAAUAUAUGAUGUCGGAAGAUGAUAAUGAUGAUGAUGAUAAUCAUGAUGAUGCCAUAAAGUAGGA